CGUGUCCCCGCACCGUGGCUCGCGGCCCUCCGGCCCCUCUGAGCCCCGCGGGAUCGGGGAAGGCCCGCGCAGCCUGCGCUCGACUCCAGCUGUCGGAAGCGUCGUCCUGCCCGCUAGAAGGGAUCGCUGGUCCGUAGCUCCUCGUUUGAUUUGUACAGGCGCCUAAAGAUGAACGCCAAGACCGCCAUAGGUCGAAUUAUUGGCAAGGGGAGCCUAAAGUCGGACAACUCCAGAGCUGACAGUGGGCUCGAGAAGGGGAAGGUGGAGAGCGCUGCCCCGCGGAAAUCCAUGGAGGAAGUGGUCACAGGCAAAGGCAAAAUGACGGACCCGGAGAGGAGCGGGCUCCUCCAGAAAAUACUUUCCCUUGAGAAGGAAAAAGAAAAAUACAACCAUCUUCUUGGAGAGAAGGACAGAGAAAUCCAAAACCUGAAAGACAAGCUUAGGUCCAAAAGCAAGAAUAAUGAAGUCUCCUUACUGCAAAAUCAGCUAGAGGAAAAAACAAAGGAAGCAGAAAGGAGAGAACGAUUACUGUGUUCUCUAUCAGAAGAAAUUAACCGAUUAAAAUGUAAUUUAUCUUCAGUCAUGGAAAAAUGCUCUGAUCUUGAGAACAAAGCCAGUAGUACUUCUCAGGCAUCCCAGGAAGCUGCAACAAACAGCACUGAAAUUGAAAGACAAUUGAAAGAUGCUCUUGAGAAAAACCAGCAGUGGCUACUGUAUGACCAGCAACGGGAAGCAUAUGUCAGGGGAUUGCUUGGAAGGAUCUUUGAACUUGAACAGAAGGCAGAAAUAGUUAACCAGCAAGAAUCUAAAUCAAAUUCAGAAGGUCAUCUACAAGAAGAAAAGCAAGAAUACUAUGACCAGAUGUUACUAACUGCUAAGAGUGAUCCUGUGACUGAAAGACGCACGAUAACCCAGCUGAGAUCUGAACUUGAUGAACUUAAAAAGACAUAUGAAGAAACACAAGGGGAAAUGAUGAGUUUAAGUGCUUUACUGCAGUCACAACGGGUUGCUGAAAUGAAGACUCAAGAAAAUGAAAAUAAAAUGAAAGAAAAAGCACAAAGACUAAAACAAGAAAAUGAAGCUAUCAAAGAACAGCUCAGAGAAGAAAAAGAAAAGUCUGAAGAUCUUUUAUGUCAGGUGCAACUUCUCCGUAAAUCCCUGCUCAGACAGGAGGCAGAACACACAAGAAUAACUUUGUUGGAACAACAGAUCCAGAUAUGCACCACAGACUUAGAGAAUGGAAAGCUUGAUCGCCAGAACUUGAAGCAUGAGUUAAACCAUGUUCUCAAGGAGCUGCGCAAGGCCAAGGAGAAAAUAACUCGUCUGGAACCUCUGAAACUCCGGGAACCUGGACAUAUGGAAUCACAAGAAGAUUUGCAAGCUGUAUUUGACAAGAAGCUGACCACAUAUGACAGAAGUCCUCCCCUGAAACAUUCCAGCUGCCUUGAUGAAAGUUUUCUUGAGUGUCCCAAGUGUAAAGUGCCAUAUCCAACGAGCCAGCACAGAGAAUUACUAGCACACAUUGACUUCUGUACAGCUUGAGCUCCAAAUGGACUUACUAUAUUAGCUUCAUAUAUGCAGCCAAUAAGCUUGGCAAAAGACCUUUUAAAGCUUUUUUCUUUCAGUUGAAUAAACGACUGCUGAUUUUAUAAUUCAGUUCCACAAAAACAGUAUUAACAUUAUCAUUUGGCCUCAGUAUUUUACCUCAUGUUUUUGCAAAACAGCUACUGCAUUUUCUAGUUGCAAACAGAAAUAUUUUCAGAAUUAGGAAGAUUUUAAACAGUAAACUACUGACUUUUUCUUUUUGCACUAUUAAAUGUAAGGAUAGUAAAAGCACAAUUACUGUAUCAGACUAUAUUUUAGUUUUGGCAUACCCAAUUCUUGGUUGUUGAAUUCUGAUGAUUGUGCUUGUACCUUAACUGACAAGAAUAGCUGCAAAAUAUUUUUGGCCCUCGUAGGUGCACUAUAUAUAAAUAUUUAUU